GGAAGAAUCCUUCGCCGUUUGUCACCUAUGGGCUGCUCCAGGCUUGCCUUCUUUUGUCUCCAUUGGCUUCAGGAAAAUUGCGUACAUAGCUUGAGGAAAGAGCAAAGCCUUGGAGAGGAUUCAAGCUUUCUUUGGAGAAAACUCAAUGAAAAAAGACUUGUUUAAGAUAAAUUUUGAGAUUAAGAAUUUAUAAAGGAGUAUGACCAUUGCCUAUAUAAGAGACAAAAAAAAAAUUCUGCUUCAUUUACAUCUCUAGCUGAUGAUGUCUUCCAGAUUAAACAUAUGGAUAUACAGUAUCUCUUUUAUCUUGAUAUGUGUGUUUUAUAAGUCUAUAGCAAUUAAUAAAAAUACUCUGAUGGAACUGAGUCUUCAGGAAUAUUUCAGCAUUUUGCAGACAGGAAAAACCUCCCUAGUUUAUUUUAGUCAAGAUGUUUCUCUAGAUAUUACUGUAUUUCUUGAAGAAUUGAGAAAAGCAGCUGAACCUCUUCAUAAUUAUGGGAUUGCAGUUGUGAAGGUUAAUUGUGCUAAAGGAGAAGUAUCAAGAUACUGUGGAAAGGAAAAUAAUUUGACAAAAGCAUAUUUAUUCCGAGGUAAUAUAUUACUCAGAGAAUUCCCCACUGACACUUUGUUUGACGUGAAUGCCAUUAUAGCUAAUGCUCUCUUUGCACUUCUAUUUAAUGAAAUAAAAUACAUUACUUCAGUAGAAGACUUUGAGAAUAUAGAAAAUGCUAUGAAGGGAAAAACAAAUAUUGCCCUCAUAUAUGUGAGAGCAAUUGGAACACCAGAACAUAGAGCAGUAAUGGAAACUGCUUUUGUACAUGGUACUACAUAUCAAUUUGUAUUAACUACAGAAGCUGCCCUUUUGGAAGGAAUGGGGGCUGCAAAUUCUGAUAUGAUAUCUGGAAGUUUUUUCUUCUUUCAUUGUAAACUUGUCUUAGAUUUGACUCAGAAAUGCCAAAAAACUCUAUUAGAACAGCCAUUGACUGUAUUAAACAUUCAUCGAUUUCUCAAGCUGAUGGAUGCACCUUUGUUGACUGAAAUUACUGAAGAUCCUGAAAAAGUUUCAACUAUUCAUCUCCAACUUGGUUUGCCACUGAUUUUUAUUCUUAGUCAGCAAACCACCUAUGAAGCUGAUAAGAAAAUCGCAGAAAUAGUCGCUUGGCGCCUUCUUGGAAAAGCAGGAAUCAUAUUGCUGGACUCCUCAGGUUUGAACAUCCCUGCUCAUGCCAAUGUCAUCAUCAAAAGACCAAAAGCGGGAAUACCAAUUGACUACUUGGUUUUACAUGAUGCUAGUUCAAUAAUAUCCCUUGUGGAAAAUAACACAUCUGUCCAAAAUAAUGAGGCAGCUAAGGAAUAUGAAGAAGAUGAAAUGGAGACGCUAAAUCUAGAUAUUCAAGAUGAUCAAGUGGUUGGAACAGUUUAUAGAGACAGGAAGAGAAAUUUACCUUUGGAACUGAUCAUAGAAUUAACUGAAGAAACAUUUAACAGCAUAAUAAUGAAUACUUCUAGCAGCAUAAUAUUAUUUUAUGCUAAUUGGGAAGCAGUGUCCUUAGCAUUUUUGCAGUCCUAUGUUGAUGUGGCAGUUAAAUUGAAAGGAGUAUCCAAUAUGUUAUUUACUAGUAUCAACUGUGGAGAUUGGUCUAAUGUUUGUACAAAACAAAAUAUCACUGAAUAUCCUAUUGUAAAGAUAUUUAAAGAGGGAGAGAAGCCAGUAAUUUAUACUGGUAUUCUAGGAGCUGAAUAUCUCCUGAAAUUCAUAAGAUUAAACCGAAUUUCAUGUCCAGUGAAGAUAGUGACUAUUGAAGAAGCAGAAAAAUAUUUAAAUGGGGAGUUAUAUAAAGAAUUAACAUCCUAUUCUAGUGUGUCAAUUCUGGCAAUAUUUAGCUCAAACAUGACAGAAGAAAAGGAAAAUUUCAUUGAAGCAGGAAACAGUCUAAAAGGUUUUGUCAUCACAGGAUUCUAUUCUGAAGAUGAUGCUUUGAUCCUGUCAAAGAAAUAUGCUGUGACUCUUCCAGCACUAUUGCUUGCCAGACAUAAAGAAGAAAAGAUAGAUAGCAUUCUGCUCUCUAAUUUUGAUGCUAAGAAUAUAGUUCAAAUAAUAAAAAGUACAAUGUUGGGAAUAUUUCCAGAAAUAACAGUGGAAAAUCUUCCCGUCUAUUUAAAACUAAAGAAACCAUUACUUAUUUUGUUCAGAGAUGGCAAUUUAAAUCACAAGGAUGAAAAAGAAAUGUUAACCUUACUAAAGCAAAAGCACCUGGAAACACUCAUCCCUUGCUGGUUAAAUCUUAAAACUACUCCUGUGGGGAGAGGAAUACUGAAAGCUUAUUUCAAGCAUCUACCUCCACUACCAGUUCUUGUUUUAGUGGAUCUCCAUUCACAGGGCCAAGUAGCUUCAUUUCCAUUGGAUCAAAGUAUAAAUGAAAAAAACAUUUUGUUGUGGCUUCAGAGAUUAGAAGGAGGAUUAGAAAGUCCACUUACAACUUUAUCUGAUGAAGAGUGGAAACCACCCCUUCCUGCUUACAAUUUUCUGAGCAGGAUGGAUGCUACUGUUCCCUACAGAGAAAUUGCCCAGUUUCCUACAGAGAAUAUGAUUAAAUGUGCAAAAGUAUCUGAUCUACAACAGCAUGACAAGGGACGCUCUGAAGAUAAAUCUGCAAUCAGAAAGGAAGCUACUUAAUCAAUGAAAAUGAAGCCCUGGAAAAUAUGUUUAAACAUGAUGUUAAUGAUUGGUGAUUUUCAAAAUUUAGUUAACUGCAGCAUUUGGGAAAAAUAUGUCAAAGGUUUUUUGACUAAUCUGACACUUGAAUGUAUUAUAUUAAAUAAAAAACAUAACUUUUAAAACCCUGGAUAAAA